AUGAGCGCAAGAUCGCUAUUAACGGCACUGCCCGAAGAGCUCAUCGUCACCAUCAGUGCUUGCAUCUAUGUAGGAGAUCUCCUGAACUUCGCGUUGACAUGCAAGACCACACAUCGUUGCGCGAAAGAGCAUCUGGCGGUCAAUGCUACAUACGCUAGGGAGUGGAUUGUACGACAUGACCGCCUCCCCCUCACAGCUCCAGAUCUUCUGCGUCUUGCCACCAAGCACGUAGACCAGAUCUGGCACCUCAGGAGCUUGGACUUCUGGACCGCGCGAGCGAGAUGGGACGACUGGAAAACAGACGAAUAUGAUGACCCAAGUGGUCAGGAUGAUCCGGACUGGCCUGAUCCAGCCCAGGACUGCACGGAUCUGGAUACAUCCUACUUUACUGAAGCGGAGAUGAACAUACUCAAGGCUCUACUGAGGGAUCAGCUUCGCUUGCGAGACGAGGAAGCCGAUCUCUGGACCUCGCGCAUACUGGAUGGGAACGAUGAGCCGCUAAAGUGUCUGCUCAUGGCGAACGCACCCAGACUUGACAGAGUAAAUUUUAUAGCAAUUGACAUGGCUCGUAGCGAUGACGAACUUGCCGAACAUCCAUUGACUGUCCUGACGCUGGCAUGUUCACGUAUAAAAGCUGCACCCCACCCUGCCUGGCCCCUAGGACUCCAAAAUCUGCGACAAGUCUCCAUCUGUACAGGCAGCGACCUCCGUCAUCCUCAUGAUGCCUACUAUAUGCAGCCCCGCGACGUUGCACCUCUGUUCGCACUUCCUAACAUCAGAGUUCUCAAUCUGCAGCUCCUAGGUUACAUGGAUGAGGAGGCUUUCGAUCUGGAAUCGUGUUCGUCGACGGUGGAGGACCUCGCCUUUACAUGCUGCGAGAUCAGUAUGCAGGCUUUCGAGAAAUUUGUCCGCGCCGCAAAACGUCUCCGCCGCCUGGGGAAUGACGACUUGGCCUAUAGUGCAAGAGAAGUGAUAGAUCUUGUCGCAGAGUCGCAUGCAGGUUCGAUUGAAGAGCUCGUUGUACGACCACGUCCCACGUUCCAUGACUUUGUCCGGCACCAGGGCAAAUUCACCAAGCUGAAACUUCUUGAUAGUCUGGAUAUUUCAGAUUCGGGUCCGCGCCAGGAUACUACUUCGAACAUUGCGGGCGGGCCGACCAAAUUCGCCACCUAUCUACCAAGAACACUCGAGAAGCUCCAGCUUUAUGGGAAUAGAGUCAGUGGAGUAAUGCCGAGUACUUUGUGCGCAGACCUACUUCGGGCCGUGGCUGAGCUGGCGGAGGACGAGAGAUUUGCUUGCCUAACAAAAGUCUGUAUGUACGACACUCUACCCGGGCCGGAGGGUGAACACGAUCUUGAUCUAUCAGACUGGGACGACGCUGCAUAUCAACGUAUCUGUAAACGAAGGAUCGAUAUACAUCACGUUCGCGGUAGUGGCAAUUUCAUGACGUACGAAGAGCACGCUCAACUUCAUCACGACUUCAGCACUGGUACUCUGCUCCCGAUCGAAUCUCACCCAGGUCCAGCAUCAAGCUGA